AUGGAGCGCAGUCGCGCAACCAGCAAUGCACACGACGACGAUGAGCCGUUGAUAGCACCCCUCGACACAACAAGCUACGACAGUGGAAAUGUUGCCAUGCAACAGAUCGAUAGCUCACUCUACUCACCACCCACAGUCACUUCUCCAGAGAUAAUAGAGACUAAAAACGGCGCAUAUGCCAAGAUAAGCACUUCAGCCUUGGACCUGGAGGGCGGACUACAGCCCAAGAAACAGCGGCAUAACCACCACCACCAUGCGAAGCGCUUUGACCACAACGAAGCACGAAGAAACCUUUUGAGGAACGGCGCGGAGCGGCUCUUGAUAACCUUCUUCUUCAGCGCCGCAAUGUGUCUGACCCUCCGAGGCUGGGAGGGCUUUAUCAACCCCGUUGUGCUGUCCAAGAACGACGUUCGAAUCUUCAACUCGCUCACCAUUGGCCUUUCUCUCUGCUUAGGUCUCAACCUACUGGCUUCGCUCAAGCACUACGCCUCUUUCUUCCGAUGGUCAUUCCUCGCUCGGCGGUACGUCAGCCUCGAGGUAUUCGACCUCAUCCUCCACUUUGGCUCGCUCGCCAGAGUCGCCAAACUCAUGGUCAUCUCGAUGCCUGGGCUCCGCGGCAAGAAGUGGCUACGCCGAUUCCGAUGGUUCAAGGACGUACGUGACGACGAUACAAAGUGGAUGUGGCUCGCAUGUUUCGUCUGGCUCUCCAUCAACAUCGGCUCGCAGAUCCUCGUCGCGCUGCUUAGUCUCUUCUGGCCCAUGGACAACUCCGCCAUCCCCCUCUUCGUCCCCGGCAACGUCAGCGUCGCCAACCUAAACGUCUGGCAUGUCGACGAGAGCUCCCGCGAAGACGGCAUCAGCAGCCUCGCCAACGAGACGUCGCUCGAAGCCGCAUGGACAUUUGGCACAGAAGCCACAGCCUACCCCGUCUUCAACCUCAGCGACAUCCAAUACGAUCUCUCCGGCCUCUCCGGCACCCCCAUCUACAAAGCAGACGGCAUGUACCACUACCGCUUCUUCAACCGCGACCCCGCGCACCCCUACACCAACUACCUCAGCUCCUCGCGCAGCGUCUCCGCCCACGCCACCUGCGAGCAACUCGAAGUCGGCAACGGCACCGUCGUCAAAGGCACGUACGUCAACGCGCGCCGCCCCGGCGAAGACGCCUACUCGCAAUACUACCUCACCGAAACCGCCAGGGGCUCCAUCACCUGGACCGCCUCGGUCCCCGCCUCCUGCGGGCCCCGCUGCACAAACUUCACCGUCCUCCAAGACGCAGGCAACAAAGUAAACAAAACCUCCUUCUUCCUCUGCAACAGUACUUUACUGGACAUCUACCAUGCACACGCCGAAAAAAACAUUACUACGUACUCGGCUGAAGACCGCGCUGCCGUGUACGGCAACGACGCUUUCGCGCGUAUCGCGGCCGGCGCAAUAGGCUGGACGGGGAUACCCUGGAAUCAGUGGACGGAUCGCCAAUCGCGGUCGUACAGCCAGGGCUCCAAGUGGUCGCCUGCGCGCAAUGUCGAGGCCAAAGACGUCGAGGAUAUGCUCAUGCGGUUUACCAUUGGCGCCAUCGCUGCGUUUGACGAUCACGGCGUCAAGUAUAACCUUACGAACCAGACGGCGGUGCCGUCGCAGGGCCAGCAGUUGGAUGUCGAUUGGCCGUAUGUCCUCGGUAUCCUGGGCGGCAUCUGUUUCAUUCAGUUGCUGGCGCUGUGUUUGCUGGUGCUGUUUGCGAAUCGCACGAUUGUGAGGGAUGAUAGUUAUUUUAGUAUGGCGAUGUUGUUGAGGCCGGUGGUGAUGAAGAUUGGGGAGAGUGGGUUGAAUAUGAGUGGCGAGGAGAUUAAGGAGCAUCGCGCGUUGAGGUGGAGGCGGAUCAAGUAUGAUUAUAUUGAGGGGAAGGAUGGGAGUCCGAAUGAGGUUACGAUUUCGUGGGAGGGACGGGAUUCAAGGGAGAGCCGGGGGAGUUGGGCUGCGGGAAGUUAUAGUUGA